CUUUCCUUCUCCUCCUUCUCUCUGCCCCCACCCUCCACCCUUCUUCGAUAUCGAUAGCAACUCUCAUUGAAGUAAUUAUAAAAAUUGUUACAAAUAAUUGAUUAUGUACCUUCUACCAUCUUGAGUUUUGAAUUCUCCUCACGUUGCUCGCUCUUUUCAACCUUGUCCAACCUCUAGCAAAAUAAGAAAACAAAUUACCCUAUCAAAUAUUUUAUUUUUUAAAAAAAAUGAUGCUAGGAAAGAGGGCAAGGCCACCAAUAAUCAAGAGAACAACAAGUAUGACAGAAUUCACCUUAGAUCCUACCCUUAAUUAUCAACUUGAUCAUCAUACUCCACGAUCCAACGGUCAAGAUCAAACUUUGUUAUUGACUCGUAGAAAAUCAGCUGAUUUCAUUGAAACUUCUCAUUUUCUUAGAUCUUGCUCCCUCUGUGAACGCCACUUAAUCCCCGGUCACGAUAUCUACAUGUACAGAGGAGAUAGUGCUUUUUGCAGCCUAGACUGUAGAGAAAAACAAAUGAAUCAAGAUGCAAGAAAAGAGAAGUGUACUUCAAGUGCUACAACUAGGAAGAAAUCUACAAAUUCAGCCCCUUCUGUGGCAAGCGGGAUGGAGUCCACCAUUCCGAUGCCACAGGCUAGGCCAUAACCGUCAUGUGGAUUAUUACGUUGUUGAGAUUAGAAGGGAAAAAAGAGACAGUCUGAUGUACUAAGUUCUGUUGAUUUUUCAAAUGCCCACUCUUCUACAAACUAUAAAAUCUAUAUAUAUGUAUAUAGAUGCAUGUGGGACUAAGAUGACAUAUGAAUGUGUAAAUAUUUUUCUAUCAAAUUUCAUGAGUUUGGUGGUCAAGUUUUUCAUUUUAAUGAAGGAUUGAUCCAAUUUUAA